GGAACCUCCAGCAGAGUCCGGGCGCCCCCAGUCCAGGAGCCAAGAGAGCCCCCUCUGAGCCGGCCCCAGACGACACCGCACCCGUCUUCUGGGAUCCGCCACCCCUGUUCAGGGACCAUGAACCAGAAGACCACGCUGGUGCUGCUUGCUCUGGCAGUCAUCACCAUUUUUGCCUUGGUUUGUGUCCUGCUGGUAGGCAGGAGUGCAAAUGGGGGUGAACCCAACCAGCCACCGCAUUGCCCCUCGGCGUCCCCCAGCGCCCAGGGCUGGACACACCCCGGCCAGAGCCAGCUGUUUGCAGACCUGAGCCCAGAGGAGCUGGCAGCUGUCAUGAGCUUCCUGACCCAGCGGCUGGGGCCAGGGCUGGUGGACGCGGCCCAGGCCCAGCCCUCAGACAACUGCGUCUUCUCGGUGGAGCUGCAGCUGCCCCCCAAGGCUGCGGCCCUGGCCCACCUGGACAGAGGAGGCCCCGCACCUGCCCGGGAGGCGCUGGCCAUCGUCUUCUUUGGCGCACAGCCCCAGCCCAACGUGAGUGAGCUGCUGGUGGGGCCACUGCCUCACCCUAGCUACAUGCGGGAUGUGACGGUGGAGCGGCACGGGGGCCCCCUGCCCUACUACCGACGCCCCGUGCUGGCCCGAGAGUACCUGGACAUAGACGACAUGAUCUUCGACAGAGAGCUGCCCCGCGCCGCCGGGCUCCUGCACCACUGUUGCUUCUACAAACCUGGGGCACGCAACCUGGCAGUGCUGACGGUAGCCCCCCGGGGCCUGCAGUCCGGGGACCGGGCCACCUGGUUUGGCCUCUACUACAACAUCGUGGGGGCUGGGUUCUUCCUGAACCCUGUGGGGCUGGAGCUGCUGGUCAACCACAAGGCCCUGGACCCUGCCCACUGGCGCAUCCAGAAGGUGUUCUAUCAAGGCCGCUACUAUGAGAGCCUGGCCCAGCUGGAGGAGGAGUUUGAGGCCGGCCGGGUGAACGUGGUGCUGAUCCCAAACAACGGGACAGGUGGGUGGUGGUCGCUGAAGCCCCAGGUGCCCCCAGGCCCAGCGCCACCUCUGCAGUUCCACCCCCAGGGCCCUCGCUUCAGCGUCCAGGGCACCCGCGUGGCCUCCUCCCUGUGGACCUUCUCCUUCGGCCUGGGAGCAUUCAGUGGCCCGAGGGUCUUCGACGUGCGCUUCAAGGGGGAGCGGCUGGCCUAUGAGAUCAGCCUCCAAGAAGCCGUGACCAUCUAUGGCGGAAAUUCUCCUGCUGCAAUGCUGACCCGCUAUCUGGACGGCGGCUUUGGCAUGGGCAAAUAUGCCACGCCACUGACUCGUGGCGUGGACUGCCCGUCCCUGGCCACCUACGUGGACUGGCACUUCCUCUUGGAGUCCCAGACCCCCAAGACGGUGCGCGAUGCCUUCUGUGUGUUUGAACAGAACCAGGGCCUGCCCUUGCGGCGCCACCACUCGGACAUCCACUCCCACUAUUUCGGGGGCGUCGUGGAGACAGUGCUGAUCUUCAGGUCUGUCUCCACCUUGCUCAACUACGACUAUGUGUGGGAUAUGAUGUUCCACCCCAACGGGGCCGUGGAGGUCAAAUUCCACGCCACCGGCUACAUCAGCUCAUCCUUUUUCUUUGGUGCUGCCCGAACAUUUGGGAAUCAAGUCGGGGCGCACACACUGGGCACGGUUCACACCCACAGCGCCCACUUCAAGGUGGAUCUGGACGUAGCAGGACUGGAGAACUGGGUCUGGGCGGAGGACAUGGCCUUUGUCCCCACGGCUGUGCCCUGGCACCCUGAGCACCAGAUGCAGAGGCUGCAGGUGACCCGGAGACGGCUGGAGACGGAGGAGCAGGCUGCCUUCCCCCUGGGGGGCGCCACCCCUCGCUACCUGUACCUGGCCAGCAACCAGAGCAACAAGUGGGGUCACGCCCGGGGCUACCGCAUCCAGCCGGUCAGCUUUGCUGGGGAGCCGCUGCCCCGGAGCAGCCCCGUGGAGAGAGCCUUCAGCUGGGGGAGGUACCAGCUGGCCGUGACCCAGCGGAAGGAGCAGGAGCCCCGCAGCAGCAGUGUCUUCAAUCAGAACGACCCUUGGGCGCCCACCGUGCACUUUGCAAGCUUCAUCAAUAAUGAGACUGUCGCCGGAGAGGACUUGGUGGCCUGGGUGACAGCUGGCUUUCUGCACAUCCCGCACGCAGAGGACAUUCCCAACACGGUGACAGUGGCCAACGGCGUGGGCUUCUUCCUGCGACCCUACAACUUCUUUGACGAGGACCCCUCCUUCUACUCCGCAGACGCCAUCUACUUCCAGGGGGACCAGGACGCCGGGGCCUGUGAGCUCAACCCCCUGGCUUGCCUGCCCCAGGUUGCUGCCUGUGCCCCCGAGCUCCCUGCCUUCUCCCAUGGGGGCUUCGCUCACGACUAGGGGCUCCUGGGAAAUCUGGCCGGAGGGGGGCCCAGAGCCAGGGUGUGAGGGGGGAGGCAGCAGCUGGACAUGGGGCUGGGCCGCCUGGCUCCCUCUUCUCCUUCCCAUGUCCCUUCCCCUGCCCCAAGGCCUCGCCCUUACCUGACACCCUGCCCGCGGCGUCCGGAGCUUGCCAAUGCGGACCCAGGGACACUCAGCCCUGCCAGUCCCAGCUGUGCUGAGUCCCCACCCCAGGCAGGGCAGCAGGGGCCCGGCAGGAGCCUCCUGGAGAGAAGACAAAGCUUUUUCCAGAUGCUUGUUUUCUGGAUCUUUCAAAUCUUUUCAGGCCAAGGACUGCAAGGAGACCCCAGGGCAGGGUCUGCUGUCCUGUCCUGGCAGGAUGUCUGUCCUAGCCCAGCCUGCACUCCUCAACCCUGGUUUCCUCCCUGGGCCUGGGCCUGUGGAGGUCUCAAAGAUGCACUGGGGCACCUAAUGGGGAGGAGAGCUCCUGCCGGUGCCCUGCGUCUGUCACCUGUUGGGAGCAGGAGAUGCCCCACCCCUGUCCUCGUCUGGGUAUUUCCAGGCAGCUCCCUCUGCCUACUUGCGGCUGGAGAAAGGUGGCCAUGGGGACAGCAGCUCCGGCUAGCAUUCAGGUGGUUUUGUGUAUGCACUGAUAAUGAACGUUCAUUUGGUGCCAAGGCUGUGUGACCGGCUGCCACUGUAUUCUGCAGCAGCCAAUAUGGGAGACUGGGAGGGGAUAGGGGGAGGGGCACCAAAAGGGGAAGCAGAAAGUCCCAGGAACUCAGCCCCCAGGCCAGAGGCUGUCCAAUCACAGGCAGGCAUGCAAAUGAGCUUGGGUGCCCUGGAGCCUGGAGGGGCUCCUCUCUGGGGCCUCUCGUCCCUGCUCCCCUUUUUGGAGUGUGGAUGGGGGGCGGGUGCAGGGAAAGAACAAGACUGGAGACAACAGAAGCGCCUGCCCCUGGGCUGGGUGAAGUCUGUUCUGAUAUAGUUGUCCAUCCUAACACUGUGCAGCUAAAAUAAUUCUACACUUUUCAAUAUUAAAAUGGAAUAACGUUCAAGUGAAAAAGGCAAGGCGCAGAAAUGUGUAUAGUGCACUUUCCAACAAAAGUGGAGACCGCAUGAUGCAUAUCGCUGUCUCUGGAUAUUCCGAGGAAGUGAGUGGCGCUGAUGACCUGUGGGGGGGAUGGGACUAAGUACUUCUGUGCGUUUUGACCUUUGAACCACGUGACUGUAUUACCUAUGCAGAAUAAAUAACAAAG